ACCUUUCUUUGCAUGGGCGGUCAAGGCGGUGCGCGUGCUCAAUCAGCGCAGCAUGGUGGCAGUUGCUCUAUCACGCAACUGCAGCAACUCGGCUUUGAUCCACCCCAAUGGACGCAUCUUGCAGAGCGGCGCUAAAGUCGAAAUAGUCACCUACGACGGCAUGAAGGGCAAUAACUUUGUUCGCUAUGCCAAGAUAUGGUACAAGGGUGUGAGCUUCACCAGCGAGGCGUGCGCUCUCAUCUACCUGGUGGACACAGCCGGGACGCGCACCACAACCGACACUUUCACCGAUCUGACCAAGGACUACACCCUGGCAGUGUUCUAUGACGACUCGCGCCAUGGUCCCUCUUAUAUGGCUGAAGCCCAUGACGUGAUUGCCAACUCAGCUUACACCUGUACCGAGGAUGGCACUGAGAUCUAUGACAUAAACGGAUUUCGCAUCACCCAGGCAGCCGAUGGCCUGGUGAAGGUCACUCGUGUGGACAACAAGUGCUUGAUUCGCACCAGUCCCGGCAAUGAUCGGCCACUUUGACCACACCUGGCAUCC